UUUAAGAAAAAAAAAUUGUAUUUCAUUUGAAGCAAUUGCUUCCGGGGAAAAAACAAUUCCAUCCUCUUUUCUCCACUAUAUUUAACAAGAACGAGAGUAUACACGGCACGGAGAAAAAGAGCAGCUUUUCUUCGCGUCUCCUCUUCCUGUUUGCGUUUGGUUCCGUCCGUCCCUUAGCCCGCCCUCGAAGGUGAGUGCGCAUGCGCUGCUGAGGAACGCGUGUGAGGGUCGGGUCCUCCAGAUUUUUAAAGUCAGCACCUCUUGUCUCUUCAGACCAGCAAAGCAGUAAAUAAUGGUGAAAGAGAAAGAAGUUGAAUUGAUUGGCCAGAUUCUAGUGAACCCCAGACAAUCUUUGAAGGCACGCUUUCGUGCACUUUUCACCUUACGUAAUUUGGGGGGUCCAGCUGCCAUUGAAUGGAUAGGUCGAGCCUUUGAAGAUGACUCGGCUCUCCUGAAGCAUGAGCUGGCAUACUGCCUUGGUCAGAUGCAGGAUGAGAGGGCCAUCCCAGUCCUCAUUGAUGUGCUCCAGAACACAUGUCAGGAACCCAUGGUGCGCCAUGAAGCAGGCGAAGCUUUGGGUGCCAUUGGAAAUCCGAAAGUACUUGAUAUAUUGAAACAAUAUUCUGAAGAUCCUGUUGUUGAGGUAGCGGAGACAUGUCAGCUGGCUGUGAAGAGGCUGGAAUGGUUUCAGGAGCACAAGGCAAACUCUCUCGUCAAUCCUUACUCCUCUGUGGAUCCAGCACCUCCUGCUGAGGAGAAGAAUGUGGAGAAGCUGAGGCUCACCCUGCUGGAUGAGUCACAAUCACUCUUUGAGCGCUAUCAAGCUAUGUUUGCUUUAAGGAACAUUGGAGGAGAAGCUGCUGUUCUGGCACUUGCUGAUGGCCUCCAGUGUGGCAGUGCCCUCUUCCGCCAUGAGAUUGCCUAUGUGCUGGGCCAGAUGCAGCAAAAGGCCAGCAUUCCACAGCUGACGGCGUCCUUGGAGAAUGUGGCAGAGAAUCCCAUGGUGCGCCACGAGUGCGCUGAGGCUUUGGGCUCCAUUGCUAAGGAGUCCUGCCUGACCACCCUGGAGGCGUUUGCAAAGGAUGAAGAGCGAGUAGUCCGGGAGAGCUGCGAGGUGGCGCUGGACAUGUACGAUUAUGAGAACAGCACUGACUUCCAGUAUGCUGACAGUCUGAGCAAGUUGAAGGCCUUCAACUGAAGAAGCAGGACUUCUCUUAAUUGGCCUCCCACACUUUUAUUGGCUAUUUCAGUGUCAUUUGUUUUCUGUGGUUUCCAUAAGAGUGCUGGAAGGAGACCAUGUGGACGAAACCUUCAUGCCUCCGUCAUUAAUUUAUUUUUUUCUUUUGCUCUAGUUGGUGGAAGGGGGAUACCACAGCUGCUAUCAAGGACUCUGAAUUAUGUUGAUAAUGGAAAUACUUUGCAGGAAAAAAAUGCCCUUUUCUCAUGAAAACUAGUUGCCAUUUUUAUUAGCUCCCCUUAAAAGAGCUCUUCCUCACCAUAUGAGCUAGCCCCGCACAACUUGAAAAGCACCAAGACAAAUGAAGCCCACUUCUCUCUCAGGUGAAUCAUAGAAUCAUAGGGCUGGAAGCGACCUUGGAGGUCUUCUAGUCCAACCCCCUGUCUUAGGCAGAGUCCUUAAUCCAUGCUGGACAAAUGGUUGUCAAAUCUUUUCUUGAAAACCACCAGUGAUAGAGCACCAACAAAAGGCAAGCUGUUGCAUUGACUAAUCCUUCUGCCAGGAACUUUCUCCUUAGUUCCACUGAUUAGUUCUGGUGAUCCAGUGAUUGUGGAAAUAAACAGGUAGAAACAACCUGGGAGAGAUUGUCCCUCAAGUAACACAAUCCCAAACUAUGACAGGCUUUAAAGGUGACAACCGGCACCUUGAAUUACACCCAGAAGCACGCUGGAGACCAGUGCAGCUCACCAAGAGUGGUGUUACAUUUGCCAAACAAGCAUCACCCUUUACUAUCUGUACUGUUACGUUCUGCGCCAGCUGAAGCUUCUGAAUGCUCUUCAAGGGUAGCCCCAUGUAGAGUGCAUUGCAGUAAUGCUGGAUUGAUCCCUGUCACAAAGGUUAGAAAUUGAACUUCCAAAUUCACAACAAGGCUUUUCUGUUCCACAGCAAAAGAUAAAAUAUUUUCUCCGGAGAUCUACUUGGGCGUUGGACAAAAACUUCAGGGAAUUAAGAUCCUCGUCUGAACUAUUUUUCUUAUACUCAAUUCCUGUGGGGAUGGAAUUUCCACUUACAAUUACAGGCUGGGAAGGGGUUUUCCUACAUGGGAUUUAUUUCUUCAGACAUUAAUUUGGAGCCGGUCGUUAAUUUGCCAUUUUAGUGGGCUUUGAAUUUAUUUUUACUAAGCAAAGAUAAAAAUCCUAUGUUCUUUAAAUGGGUUAAUUCCACACACACACAGAGAGAGAGAGAGAGAGAGGCACCUAACUCUUGAGCUGAAUUUCACUGGUUUUACUGGUUUUGCUCCUUAAUUUGACACUCAGAAUGCCUAACCUUUGGCAAUGUGUGUUUUGCUGCAUAUAGUCAAAAUUGGAAUGUGCCCUAUUGGCAGAAGAAACCCAGUGCUUUCAGUUAAGUAGAUUAGAUCUUCAAGAUCAAACUAAUGGGAACACAGUGAAUUUCAUCUUAGCAGGGCGUGGAAAAUAUGGCCUUUAAGCUCCAUGACAGGUGAGCUGAUAAAACUCUUCAAAGGAGGAGAUAAGCUAAAUCAUUUUCCCACUGGCCUUGAGCGGGAUGGAUGGACUAUGGAAGAUUUGGGGAAUUUGGAAGGGUGAUUUUGCUUCUUGAAUGGACUAGUCUUUUUCCUUUUAGAGUUGUUUUCUAUUUAUUGUUUUAAAUUUGAAAAGCCAUCCAGAGUUGUUUUGUAGCCUAUCAUUUAGUUGAUAAAUGCAUCAAAGUCCUCUUUUUGCUUAACUGUACAGAUACACAGGGAUUCAUGGACCAUUUAUUACAAAAUGAGAAGAAGCUCAGUGCCAUCACAGCCAGAUAAUUUUGAAGUAAGGGAAGAGCAUGGUGGGGGAAAUAAAAUAAGACAAAAUAAUAUGUCUAACCUUCUCUGUGUGCGUGAGAGAGAGAGAGAAAUUCAAGAUGGCUGCUUCAAAGCCACCAUAUUGACUGGGAGUUGAAUUCCCAUAUUGGUGGUGCCCUGAACAGUCUGAACUUCUGCUACUGAGCUUGGGUGGCAAAACUGCUGGUUUUUAAAACUUCAUACGAUUGUCCCUCCUGCUGGCUUUCAUGCUUAAGGCAGGACUAGAACUUACAGUUUCCUGGAUUCUAGCUUGGUGCUUUAACCAUUACACUAAACUGGCUCUAUUUAUUUAUAUUUUCGCAGAGAAGUGUGGCAAAAUUAAGACCCUAAAUGCGCAACAAAACUCAUUUUUUUCCAAUCUAAUGAUGUCAGUGUGUCACUGACCAUGCCCACUCCUGCCUACCUGCAAGUAAUUUUUUUUUAAUUUGCAUUUAUAUCCCGCCCUUCUCCGAAGACUCAGGGCGGCUUACACUAUGUCAAGCAAUAGUCUUCAUCCAUUUGUAUAUUAUAUACAAAGUCAACUUAUUGCCCCCAACAAUCUGGGUCCUCAUUUUACCUACCUUAUAAAGGAUGGAAGGCUGAGUCAACCUUGGGCCUGGUGGGACUUGAACCUGCAGUAAUUGCAAGCAGCUGCUGUUAAUAACAGACUGUUUUACCAGUCUGAGCCACAUGAGGCCCUCAUUCAUUAACUGCACUCUUUGAUCUCUUGGAAGGCUCCUGACUGCUGUAUUUUGUCUUUCUAACAGGAGAGGAGAAAGAUAGGAAAUUGGAUUUGCUUCCCCAUCAGCAGGAGGAUGUCUGACGAAAGAAACUAAAAAUAGAAUUAUGGACAGUUUGUUCUAAAGGAUAAUUGCUGUUUUUGUUUGGGACAGAAGGUGGGGCUGGAACAGAUUGAGAGGUCUAAGGGGUGGAGCUUGAGAGAUAUUUAUUUAUUUAUUUAUUUAUUUAUUUAUUUAUAUUUAUAUACCGCCCUAUCUCCCUAAGGACUCAGGACGGUUCACAGGCAGUUAAAACACACAUAAAUACAGAUUAAAAACAACAAUUAAAAAACUUAUUCUAUAGCCUAAUUUUUAAAACAAUAUAAAUAAUAAAAACCCCUUAAAACCAAUUUUUUAAAAAUCUAAUCCAGUCCCGCGCAGAUGAAUAGGUGUGUUUUAAGCUCGUGACGAAAGGUUCGGAGGUCCGGAAGUUGACGAAGUCCUGGAGGGAGUUCGUUCCAGAGGGUGGGAGCCCCCACAGAGAAGGCCCUUCCCCUGGGUGUCGCCAGACGGCACUGCCUAGCUGACGGCACCCUGAGGAGUCCCUCCCUGUGAGAGCGCACGGGUCGGUGAGAGGUAUUUGGUAGCAGUAGGCGGUCCCGUAAAUAGCCGGCCCUAUGCCAUGGAGCGCUUUAAAGAUUGUCACCAGCACCUUGAAGCGCACCCGGAAGGCCACAGGUAGCCAGUGCAGUCUGCGCAGGAUAGGUGUCACA